UAUAGAGAUGUUACAUCUCAGGCACCUGCUCUGGCUGAUGUUUCUCUGUUCUGCUUUAGCUGAAAAAGAUCCAUCAUGGAGGAUGACGGUAGAGAAGGCUGCCCCCGUUAGUGGUUCGUUGGCUGGCAGGGUGGUGCUACCAUGCCACUUCUCCAUCACCCCCACCACACACACCCCCACACUCACCCCUAGCACCCAGGGCCCAGAGGACCAGCUGAGGAUCAAGUGGAGCAAGCUGGAGGGAGAUGGGGAGCGUGUGGUGCUGGUGGCCCAUGGAGGAGUGAUCAAGGUGGGGCAGGAGUACAAGGGAAGGGUGUCUGUGCCCAGCCACCCCCAGGCAGUAGGGGAUGCCUCGCUGAUCGUUGUCCACCUGAGAGCUAGCGACGCUGGGCUCUAUCGCUGCGAAGUCAUGCAUGGGAUGGAGGACACCCAGGAUACUGUUCAUCUCAAUGUCAGUGGUGUGGUGUUUCACUACAGGUCUAGCUCUAGUCGUUACACCUUGUCCUUCCCUGGGGCCAUUGACGCGUGUCUCGCUGCCGGGGCCACCAUCGCUACAGCCGAACAGCUGACCGCCGCCUUCGAGGACGGACUGGACCAGUGUGACGCCGGCUGGAUAGCCGACCAGACUGUCAGAUACCCAAUCACGAAGCCCCGUCCUGGUUGCAUGGGCGAUAUGAAGCACAGACCUGGGAUCAGGACGUAUGGGCUCAGAGACCCUAAAGAGACCUAUGACGUCUACUGCUAUGUAGACAAACUACACGGUGAGGUGUUCUACGCUCUUGUCAGCUACAAGCUGACCCUUCGCCAGGCCAAGCAUGAGUGUGAGAGGCAGGGGGCGGUGCUCGCCUCCCCUGGUAACCUGUUCGCCGCGUGGCGUGGAGGACUGGAUCGCUGUGAUUACGGCUGGCUGUCAGACGGCAGCGCCCGCUACCCCAUCUCCGUCCCCAGGCCCCAGUGUGGAGGAGGGCUGCUGGGGGUCCGGACCCUGUACCGAUUCCCUGACCAGUCAGGCUUUCCCAACCCUAUUGACAGACAUGGAGCUUUCUGUUUCAAGGACCUGACCAAGGUAGAGUCAGUCCCAAGCUGGGGUGAUACCCUGUUCCCUAUGCAGCUGCCCCCUCUCCCCACCACCCACUCCCAGCCCAUCCACCCCCACCUCGACAUCAACCAGGGGGGAGACCAGGUGGGAGAGGGAGAGACUCAGAUAGGCUCAGGCAGAGGGGAGAGCAGUGGGAGUGGGGAGGGGAGCAGUAGUGAUGGGGGAAGUGAGGGGGAGGACAGGGUAGUAGUGAUUCCUACACAGGGCUUCAUGGCCGGGACAGGGAUGGGAUCAGACCCUUCACGCCCAGGACAACCAGGUUACCCAGGACGUCCAGGGUCGGUCACCCCAGAGCAGGGCCAACCAGGCUGGGACAGAGUGACAGGACAGAAGCCUGCUGUGGUCUACAAGGAGGAGGAGGGCCAGAGCUCUAGAACAACAACCCAUAGCAUACCAGGAGCCACGGAAUCAUACAGCGUGGACCAAUCAUACAGCGUGGAGAUCCCUCAUGAGGCAUCUCCCACCAAACCACCCUUCCACCUCAUCAUUGUCAACGUGCAUGACAAGAACCAAACAGUGGACCACAUCCUGCAGAUCCUUGGCCAGCCUCUAGGGGGUAAUGGAGAUUUCCAGUCCCCUCUCAUCCCGGCCUUCCCAUUCAUCCAGACUGAGGCCAUCCAGGGCAGCGAGGACUCUGACAGUAUCCAUCCCAUCACUCUCCCCCCAACACUCAGCUUCAUCAACGGGAAACACCAGGUGACUCUGGAGCCAGAGCUGCCGGGGAAGGAGCAGGAGGCGAGAGGAGACCAGUUUGAGACGGCCACACCAGUCCACAGUGAACUGGGAGAAGAGAUGGAUCAUGACGAGGAGGAGGAGAGCCUCACUCCCUUUGACUAUGGAACCAUUCAUACUGGAGAGACCAGAGAUGCGGUCUCCUACUGUCCCUCCUGCCUGGGCUGGUCUGGCUCCUGGCUGGCUCCACGGUUCGGGUGUAACAGUCACCUGUCCUCCACCCCAGGCCCCACCAGGGGAGCCUCAAUGGCUCCAGGGCUUGCCAGGGCUGGUGAAUCUGGGGUCUUCAGUGGGUACACAUCCUGGGCCGAGCCUUCCUCUUCUGUCGACGUAGACCCUCAAAGGGAAGAUGCCAUCUGGGGAAGUAUCGGGGAACCAGGGGAUGAGGCUGAGACUGGGAAGAGACUAGGAAAGAGACUGGGGAAGAGACUGAGGAAGAGCCUGGGGAAGAGACUGGGGAAGAGACUGGGGAAGGGACUGGGGAAGAGACUGAGGAAGAGACUGAGGAAGAGACUGGGGAGAGACCGGGGAAGAGACUGGGGAUACACGGAGGUGUGUGAGUAUGGCUGGCAGAAGUUCGAGAGCCAUUGUUAUAAGUACAUCACCCACCGUCGGACAUGGGAUGCUGCCGAGAGAGAGUGUCGUGUCCAAGGAGCCCACCUAGCCAGUGUCCUGUCACAGGAGGAGCAGCUGUAUGUCAACCGUCUGGGCCAUGACUACCAGUGGAUCGGUCUGAACGACAAGAUGUUUGAGAGAGACUUCCGCUGGACAGACGGCAGCAUCAUGCAAUAUGAGCACUGGCGUCCCAACCAGCCAGACAGUUUCUUCCAGUCUGGAGAGGACUGUGUGGUGAUGAUCUGGCAUGAGGGAGGACAGUGGAACGAUGUACCCUGCAACUACCACCUCACCUUCACCUGCAAGAAGGGCACAGUCUCUUGCAGCCAGCCCCCAUUAGUGAAGGAUGCCUGUGUGUUUGGUUCUAUGAAGCCUCGUUAUGAGAUCAACAGUCUGGUUCGUUACCACUGUAAAAACGGCUUCAUACAGAGACAUGUCCCUACCAUCCGCUGCCGUGACAAUGGCCAAUGGGACAGCCCCAAGAUCACCUGUAUGAGCCCCGCUACCUACCAGAAGGCUUUCGUUUCUAGGCAACGUACCGAUAAUCACAAUCAUAACCAGAAUCAGUACAAUAACAACAAUCAAAACCAGCACCAAUACAACUAUCGAAACCAACAAUACAACUAUCGAAACAAACAAUACAACAAUUAAAACAACAAGACAAACAGAAGAACGACAACCAGCAACGUCAGGGCAGCCGUAACCAGCAGCAACAGAGCCAGAGAGAGAUGAGACAUCAACACUAAUCUGAUCUCUGGUCAGUCCUUAAAAGCGCAGAUAAGGUUGCAAAAUUCCAGUAACUUUCCCAAAAUUCCAAAGUUUUCCAGAAAUCUGGUUGGAGGAUUCUGAAUUUCCUGGCUUAUUCCCUCCUGAUUCCAGGACU